AUGUCGCACGCCACGUACAACGCGAUGUGGUGGGCGGCGCAGGCCGACCUGCACCGCCUCACGGCCAAGGACCGCCGGCUGCAGCGUCGGCAGCGGGAGACGGACAAGCGCGCCUCGCUGGCCUGGGUGGUGCGGCUGUACGCGGACUACAUCCGCAUCACCCGCCGCCUGGACGAGGUGCACGACCAGCUGGUGCACCCGCAGAAGCGCAUCCUGAUCCGCCGGCUCUUGGACGGCUGCAUCGGCCGCCUCCUCGAGCUCAAGCACGAGCUGUACACCGAGCUGGACAAGAGCAACUUCCACUACAUGGACGACCUGCUCAUCGAGCAGAAGCUGACGCACCAGGACCUGGAGGUGCCGUCGCCGCGCUACUACCGCCGGGAGAACGAGCCGGAGCUGCAGGCGCGGAGGGAGUUCGUGGACCGCGUGCUGGCCAAGAUGGCGGCGGAGGCGGAGAAAGGGUCCGCGGUGGUGGCGGCCGAGGCCGUGGCGGCGGUGGAGGCGGCUGAGGAGGCGGCGCUGGCGGGGCUGUCCAAGGGCGGGCGCGCGCGCCGCAUGCGCGAGAUGCUGCAGGAGCAGCACGAGGCCGCCGAGCAGGAGCCCGCCGACCAGCGCGCCCUGCGCGAGGCCGUGCACCUCAUCCAGAUGCACGAGCGCGCACGCCAGAACCGCAUCCAGUCCUUCAACCGCCGCAAGUGGAUGGAGCAGCGCUACCAGCAGCCCACGGCCAAGAAGGACCGGCCGUCGGCCGAGAGGCAGCACGCCGCCGCCGUGGAGAUCCAGCGCCACUACCGCGGCCACGUGGCGCGGCGCCGCGUGCGGAAGUACCGCGAGAAGGAGGACACGCUGGUGGGCAUGCUCAUGCCCAGGAGCGUCGACUACUCGUACAAGGCCCGCAUCGAGGAGGUGCAGGCCCUGCGGCGCAAGCUGCGCCGCGACCUGCAGGCGGCCUACGAGGCCACCAUCGUGCAGGAGCGCGAGUGGGUGGACCGCGUCCUCAGCCCGGACAUCUUCGACGACAUCGGCGACGAGAUGCGCGACUGGGUGCAGUCCUGGUACUACGACGUCAAGAAGCUGCCCAAGUACCCGCCGGGCAGGGAGCGCAAGCUGGCGGGGACGCUGCUGGGGCUGCCCAGGAAGACGCCCAAGGACAUGUUCCCCGUCGUGGACACCGUCAUCCCGGGGGUGCCUCCGCGCAAGCUCGGCGGCUCCAACCUGGUGACGGCGGACUUCUGGUGCACGAGCACGGAGUUCAAGGAGGCGGCCGAGAAGCUGGCCAAGGACAAGAAGAAGGGCAAGGGCGGCAAGGCGGCCAAGACGAAGCUCUCGCGCGAGGAGAAGAAGGAGCAGCGCGCCAAGCGGCGCGAGGCCAAGAAGGCAGAGAAGCAGCGCAAGCUGGCCGACAAGCAGCGCGGCUUCCAGCUGGAGGAGUCCGCCGUCAUGCCCGCGCUGGGCAUCGCGGAGCAGGAGUACCGCGUGGACUGGGAGCAGAUCCGGCCGCCCGAGGACAACCCGCUGGAGGAGCUGUACGUCGACCUGAUCCGCGAUGAAGAGAUCCACGCCAAGCAGUUCGAGGUGCGGCAGGCCAUCGACGACCUGAUGCGCGCAGAGCUGGAGAAGCUCAAGGAGGCUGUGUGGCGGGAGAAGAACAAGCGGAGGAAGCGGAAGCGGAAGCGGAAAAAGAAGGGCAAGAAGCGAAAGAAGAAGAAGAAGGGGAAGCGGCGCGGCAAGAAGAAAAAGAAGGACCUGACGGCCGACAAGACGACCGACGAGCUGCUGGAGAUGUUGGUGCGCGCCGGCGUGGUCAGGAACUCGGCCGUGGCCUGCAUGGAGGACUUCUUCGGCGAGCCGGCCUACUGCAACUUCGAGCUGCGCGAGCGCCUCAAGGACCCCCUGCCCACGCUGGGGGACAUCCGCCAGGCCGUCCGCGAGUUCUGCAUCCUGCCACUGGGUUCGCGGCGCGCGCACGAGCUGGCCCCGCUCGUCAAGUCCGUGCUGCUGGCCGGGCCGCCGCUGUGCGGCAAGAGCCUGCUGGCGGACAUCGUGUGCACCGAGACGGGCGCGCUGCGCAUCGACCUGACGCCCGAGGCGGUGGCCGCGGCCCGGGAGAAGUUCCCCGCCAAGAAGGAGUGGAAGCUGUUCCUGCACGUGGUCAACAAGGUGGCGCGCCUGCUCGCCCCCACCGUCAUCGUCAUGGACAACGCGCACCGCAACUACUACAAGCGGGUCCCCAAGGCGGAGCGCCCCCUCAAGCCCAAGAAGUUCGCGCGCACGCUCAAGAAGAUCGUGAAGGGCAUCAAGAAGCCCGACCAGGUGCUGGUGCUGGGGCUGACGAACGAGCCCUGGAAGGCGCGGGGCCGGCGGCUGGUGAAGGCCUACCAGAGGCACGUCUUCGUGCCGCCCCUGGACUACGGCUCGCGCUUCCUGCUCUGGCACAAGUUCAUCAUGGAGCACCACGGCGUGGACCGCAACUUCGAGGUGACGCCGCUGGCGCACGUGACGGAGUGGGUGCCGCUGCCCACGAUCCGCGAGGUGGUGAACCGCGUCCUGAGCGUGGAGCGCCGCAUCCACCUGGACUUCAGGCCGCUGCGCCAGCAGGAGGUCCUCACCGCGCUGCUCGAGUUCCCGCCGGUGCCCCCCGUCAAGGAGCGCGCCAAGUGGCUCAAGUGGUGGGGCCGGACGCCAAUCCAGAAGAAGCGGGCCAAGGUGCUGGAGGAGUGGCAGAAGGCGGCGGAGAGCGAGAAAGGGGGGGGGGGUAAAAACGAGGCGCACAAUGGAGAAAUAAGGCGACGCAUCAAAACAAUUACCAAGAAGCAUUGGGAUAAACCGCCGCCAGGGACCUCUACCCCCGCUGGAGCCGCGGGGCUUUGGCGGGGCUCGGCGGACCGCGGCAACCGGAGACAAAAGUGCAUAAAUUAG